AUGGUUUCACAUGUCACAUUAUUUGUUGAAAUAGUCUCUGUAAAGACUAAUCAUUUAUGCUCUUACGGGCUCGCUAACUACAAACUUUCAAAAGAUUUAUUUCAAUCAAUCAAGUUUAAGUAUUUCUUUCCUACAGACCAGCCAAUUACCACAUUUGAGAGUGGUGAUAUUGUAUUUAUCUCGGGUAAAUAUAUUAUCGAAAACACUGAACCAUAUUUCACUAUUGCAUAUUCAACUGUUAUAAAUGAUGCCAAACCAGACCAUGUAUCUGAAAUAACUAAUCUUCCAAUAUGUAUUCCUUACUAUAUAUAUUCAGUGACUAUUAAUCACGAACCAAAAAAAGUUAAUGAAUUUAUUCACUUUGGUGCAGAAGCCAUUGAAUAUAAUUCUGUUACUACUAAACCUGAUAUCAAAAUGGAUAUCAUCAUCGUUUAUCCUCUUCAAUCACCAAAGUUUAAGUAUUUGGGUCCUUUAGGUUCGAAUCUUAAACUACGAGCCAAUUAUUUUGUAUCAGGCUCUUCAUUGGUAACUCCACAUGCACCAUCAAUUAUUGAUCUUAUUGACGAUGAUCUCAAUUCUGCUAAUUCUCAAGUACCUGAGGAAUCUACUAAGCACCUUAAGACAUUUGAUAUGAUAUGUGAUAAUAAAAAAAUCGCAGAAUCAGAUAAUGAUGAAGUUAAUAACCAAAUUAUGGAAUCAGAUAAUGAUGAAGAUGGUAAAAAAAUCACAGAAUUAGAUAAUGAUAAAGACUUACAGGAUGAAUUCGAAGGAAUAAAAAACACCAACCUAAAAGAAGAAAAAGAAAUAUCACUAGACCUAAAAAUGACAAAGAGAAGAAAGUUAAAAAAUAAGCAUUCCUUAAUUAUCAAUCUCACUUUAAAGAUUUAG